GGAACAGCGUGGACCAGGUUGCGCGUUUGUCCAGAUAUGGGACGAGCAACUCAUCUCGCGACCUACUGGGGCGACCGGGAAUGUCCAACGCUUAACGGAUUCCUCGGCGUAAGGCACAAGCCUGGUGGAUCGUCUUGUCUGCUGACUAUGCUUAAAUAUGGGAUACCUCGCCGCCCCUUCAAGUCGCUCCCGGAUCAAAAUCCAGUGUUCGCUCUCUUAUCAUUCAUCUCUUCAACUCCUCGGGUCGGUGACCUUGACAUUCUUUUACAAAGUUCAUACUUUCGUUCUGCACAGGUGCACUCUUGACCAACACACAAGACCUUUCGUUCACUACACCUCGAGUUCCAAACGCGUCGAUCACUUUAGGAAGCCAUUAUAUACCAACCGUUAAGAUGAAGUCCUAUAUUAUUUCGGCCGUCAUCCCGCUCGUUGCCGGACACGGUUACAUCACCUCGCCUCAACCUCGUGUUGUUGGCUCUGCCAUGGAGGAGGCCUGCGGUACGCAGAUCUACAACCAGCUUAAGUCGGACAUCAACGGCAACAUCCAGGGCGAGAUCCAGAACAAGCAGGACGACUUCACCGAUGCUUGCAACCUAUGGCUCUGCAAGGGUCUGCAGUUCGCCGACAACACGGCCAAUGUCCAGAGCUACAACGCUGGUGACGUCGUCGACGUGGUCUACGACAUCAGAGCCCCUCACACUGGUGUCGCCAACGUGAGCAUUGUCGACACAGCCACCAAUGCGGUAAUUGGUGAACCCCUCAUCAGCUGGGACGUUUUCGCCUCCACCUCGACUGGCGUCACGGCCGAUGAGACCAACUUCUCCAUCACCAUCCCCGACCUGGCUGGCAAGUGCACGACCGCCGGAGAGUGUGUUAUCCAGCACUAUUGGAACGCGGCUGACGUCGACCAAACCUACGAGGCCUGCAUCGAUUUCACCGUCGGUGGCUCUUCUUCCGGGGGUGCUGCCUCCAGCGCCCCGGCUUCUAGUAUCCCGGCUUCUAGCACACCGGCUUCCAGUGCCGCACCGACCUCGGCCGCAGCAACAACUACUGCCCCGGUUGUCACCAGCGCCGCACCAGUAGCUACAGAGUCGGCAGUAGCAGAGGAUGAAUGCGUUGCUGAUGAGCCGACGGCGACCACGUCGGCGGCUGCGGUUGAAGAGACGGGCGCAGACGAUGAAUGCGAGGCUGAGACUUCUGCUGUCGCUGUCGAGGGAGCUGCCACUUCGAGUCCCGCCGCAACGCCUGCGACUGAUGACGACACCAGUUGCGACGCUGACGAUACCACCGCCGUUGCCAGCGCUGUCCCCACCACCUUCCUUACCCGCACUGCCACCUCGGCUGCCGCGGCCGCUACGUCCGCUGCUGCUAGUGCCGCGGCUGCGUACGCUCAGUGCGGCGGCACCGGUUUCACCGGCAGCACCACCUGCGUCUCCGGCUACACCUGCACUGUUCAGAACUCUUACUACUCCCAGUGCAUAUGAUAUAUCACCCGCAAACUUUCAAACACCCGUCGGGGUGGACUUUUCUCGGUGAUC